UUCCAUUGGGGAUCGAGAUAGAGAAUGGGUGUGUUAUCGGCGCUGGAAAAGUGGUUUGUGUACAACCCGAGCAUCCUGAAGUUCUCAUGGAACCCUGGAGACACCCCAGCGUCCUCCCCUCUCUUCGUGGGUGUGUCGAUCCUGAUGUACCUCUCCCUCACUCUCCUCCUCAGCAUCCUCCCUCUCCCACCCAUCCCUCCCCGCCUCCUGAAGCCCUUCACGGCCCUCCACAGCCUCACCCUCGCCGUCCUCUCCCUCCUCAUGGUGGUGGGCUGCGCCCUCACCCUCCUUACCCACACCCCUCAUCUCCGCUGGGCCAUCUGCUUCCCUCCCCACACACCCCCCACUGGGCCCCUCUUCUUCUGGGCCUACAUCUUCUACCUCUCCAAAAUCCUUGAAUUCCUCGACACCCUCUUCAUCAUCCUUUCCCGCUCCAUCCGACGCCUCACCUUCCUCCACGUCUACCACCACGCCACCGUCCUCCUCAUGUCCUACUUGUGGCUCCAAACCUCCCAGUCCCUCUUCCCCAUUGCCCUCCUCACCAACGCCUCCGUCCACGUCAUCAUGUACUCUUACUACUUCCUCUCCUCUCUCGGCAUUCGACCCUCCUGGAAGCGCGCCGUCACCGAUUGCCAGAUUCUUCAGUUCUUGUUUAGUUUCGCCGUUUCUGCUCUCAUGCUCCGCUACCACUUCUCCGGAUCCCAGCCUGGAUGCUCCGGGAUGUGGGCUUGGUCCUUCAAUGCCGUUUUCAAUGCAUCCCUUUUGGCCCUUUUUGUCAAUUUCCAUCUCAAGAGUUAUGCUAAUACGAGGAGAAGCAAGAAGCCCUCUCUUAAAGACUCGUGAUCACUUUGUUCUUCUCUUCAAUUCAUCCAUUGCUACAUUAUCUUCAAUAAGAAUGAUGUUACGGUAAGCAUGGACAAAACUUGUUCAUUACAUGUUUGAUGCUCUUAUCUUCUUUCUUUUUAUUUUACAAGUUACAAUUCAAGCGAUAUAAUUCUUGGGACGGAUGGGAGUGAGAUAUUUUAACAGAGAGAAAUUCUCUUACUUGGUUUGGUUGCAAGGGGAAGGAAAUGAAUAUGGCAGCUUGGAUGAGUUCGUGAUAAGGAGCCGCAAGAAGUGAAAAAUAAUAUAAAAAAUUUAUAAAA